CCAACAACAGCCGAGAUAAGCGCCGUUUUCCUUUGCGUAAAAAGUGCCAAGACGGUUCCAGACAUGGAAUGGUCAGUCAGGUUUGCCGUCGUGUGCGUCGGAGUGUCUCUGCUCAUCUCCUGCCAUCCAGUCGAAGCCUGGUACAAGCAGUCGACCGGGCCCAGUUAUUACUCGGUGGGUCGUGCCUCCGGUUUGCUGUCCGGUAUCAGGAGGUCGCCUUACGUGCGGAGGUCCGAGUCCGAAGAGACGCUGAAUGAAAGCGGGGAGACGGCAGGUAACAACCUGAUUCCAGAGACCAACAGGCAGAUCUCCAUCCUAAAAAGCAUGGCCAUCUGUGUGAAGGACAUCUCUCCAAACCUAAAGAGCUGCGAGCUGUUGCGGGACGGGACGGGCACUUUCCAGUGCAAGGCGGACGUCUUCCUCACCUUGGACUCCCUGGACUGCCUGUCCGCGUGAGUCCCGGUCGGACCGGCGAAGACAGUCCUGGUCCUCCAGCGAGCUCCGGGAGCGCUUCUCUGGACACGAGAAAUAAAGGAAAGAAAAGAAGGAUGGAUGAGUGAGUAGAGGUGAUGGCUCAGAGGAAAACCUGAUCACUGUCGACGAUGGACCGCUGCAGACUCUGAAUGUUCUGUUAUUUAAAAAAGAAAAGAAAAACUCAAUCAUUGUUCAGUUUGACUUUAGUUGUGUAGACAGGAAAGAGAUGUAGCUAAAACCAUCUUCUUUCUAGAUGACUUCCCAUCUUUACUGUUUAACCACUGACAUGUAACCUCUGUUACCAAAAUGUAUUAAAUGUCCAGAAAGCAGAUCAGAUUUCCUGUACUUUUAUUUAUUUUAUCUAUUAAAAUGAACAAACACUGGUAACCUGUUGUGUGGCUUAAAUUUGUCUUUAAAUAUUCAACUAGUGGG